AUGUCUUCUGCCGAGUUUCUGCGCAACGUAGAUGCGCGCACCACCAUCUAUCGCUGGGAGGCUGCAGGGCUGGACGAGUUGAACCGCCAGAACAAGCUCUCCUCCCUCCCUUUCUGGAUUCCGAAUUCUACGACGCGACACCAUCAGUUCAGGGUCGUGCUGCUGCGCGGGUUGGUGCAGACCGCGACCCCCGCCAGCGACCCGUUUGGCGUACUCGUCGAGCUUAUCGCGCCUCCUCCGCCGGCGGUGAGGACGGCGAACGUGCCGGCAGCAUCGGACGCAGUGCCGUCUUCCUCGUCCUCCGGUGGCUGCCCAGGCGGCUGCGCCGUGACGUGCGAAGUGCUCCCCAUCGACUCGGUUACUCCAACGGCGGCGGAGGAAAAACAGCGCAGGCGCGAUGACGGGACUGAUGCGGCGCAGAGAAAGGCAAUCACGUCCACCAAGAUGGCAGUACUGGACGCGAACAACGCACAGGUGAGCUUCCCGGACUUCAUUCCGGCAGAAGUGCUACACAACACGCGCUACGUCAGGGGAGCACCGAAGUCCUUCACGCUGCAGAUCACUAUCGAGACGGGCAUCAGCGUUCCGCUGCACCAGGCCGCCACGACCGCCUUCUCGUUCUUUUCCUCCCUGGCGACGUCGGUGGGUCACUUGCUUGGCAAUACCGCGCAGCUCUACCACGAGGGGCGCGAGAGUAUCAGCAGCGCCAUUCUCGCCCCCGCCGCGUCGGCGCUGACGCACCCCUCCGCACUUUGGAACACCACCACGUCCUCGCCGUCUGCGACUGUUGCCUACGUCGCGACGGCGCCAACGAAGACCACUGCUUCGACGGCAGCUACUCUGCCGCCGUGGGAGCAGCCGCCGGAGGAGUGGCGUGACCGCGUCGCUGAGUGGCACUCUCUUGUGAGCGAGCGGUUGCCUGGGCUGGGCGGUACGUAUCGACAUGGUGUAGAGAAGGCGCUCUCGCCGGACGAGGCGGGGCUGCUGGCGGAGGUCGGCCUUGUGGAGGCGGACUUGUGGGCGCUUCACAGCCUGUUCGACUUUGACCGCGAUGUCCAGGAGGGCCUUCUCGCCUCUGCUGAGGUGCGGGCGCAUCGCUAUCGCCUGGUUCCGGCCCGCCUCAAGGAGGUGACCUUCUGGGCCAACUACUUCUGGAAGGUGCACUGCGUCGGCCAGUGUGUGACGGAGCGGCAGGUGGCGGCGGUGCUUGUGGCACUGUGCAUGCCUUCACGGUCUGUUCACGCAAACCUCUCCACCCCUGUAGAGGUGCUGCCGCACAUCCUCGAUGGCGAGGAGGCCGCCGCUGUCGUGGAGGACUUCGUCAAGCGCGGCGAGGCCGCCGAGCCGUGGUGCACCGUGGCAGCUGAGACGGCGCGCCACUGCAGAAACGUACUAGAUACCGCGUCGCAACGCACCGACCUUGCACCCAACACACGUAAGCACGUCGAGUCGACCCUCUCCAGCUUGGAGAAGGUGUUGCUGUGGUACGGCAAUGCGCUGGAAGGGCCCACGGAUCCGCCUGCUCUGUCCCUCGACGCCGAUACGGGCGCCGCCGCCGCCGCUGCUGCUUCAGCGGCACCACUACAGAUGGAGAAGGCGCAGACCCCGCCGAGGCAGCAGCAGCAGCAGCAGCAGCAGCAACGAGAACCAUCUCCCACAGCCUCCCCGGCCGCCGCCGUGCCCCCUGCAGUGGAGACGGCCACACCAUCGCCCCGCGACGACACCAGCGGCGGCUUGCGGAGCGUCAGCCAAGUCGCGUUUAUGAAGAUGCCCUGGGAGGAGGAGGACGAUGUAUAG